GUCACAGCCGAAAGCGGCGGCCCCGGCGCGGCGCUGCCGGAGCAGCCCCUUCGACCCCCCACCGCGGACCCCCCCCGGGAUCCCCCGGAACCCCCGCCCCGACCCCCGGCCACGGCCAUGGCCGAGGCCCCGCCCCCGGGACACGGCGCUAUGGACCCUUUGCCGUGAAACAGCAAAUGCCCAAGAGCAGCUCCCUCCCCCAAUUUUUCCUCCUGGCAUUCUCAGACAGGUGGGAGCUGCAGCUCCUGCACUUCUGGCUCUUCCUGGGCAUCUCUCUGGCUGCCCUCCUGGCCAACGGCCUCAUCCUCAGCGCUGUAGCCUGCGACCACCACCUGCACACCCCCAUGGGCUUCUUCCUGCUCAACCUCUCCCUCACAGACCUGGGCUGCAUCUGCACCACUGUCCCCAAAGCCAUGCACAAUUCCCUCUGGGACACCAGGCACAUCUACCAGGGAUGUGCUGCUCAGGUCUUUCUGCUCUUCUUCUUCCUUGGAACAGAGUUUUCCCUCCUCACCAUCAUGUACUACGACCGCUACGUUGCCAUCUGCAAACCCCUGCACUACGGGACCCUCCUGGGCAGCAGAGCUUGUGCCCACAUGGCAGCUGCCGCCUGGGCCACUGGCUUUCUCACUGCUCUGCUGCACACAGCCAAGUCACCCUCAGGAAUGUGCUCAAGGAAUGCUCUGACAAAGCAAAUGCCAGUGCCCAGUUGAGAGUGGGAGUGUGCAGGGUUGGCCCAGCAGAACACCAAACCUGCCUAAGCUUCUGCCUAAUCCCCACCCUGAGCUCUAAACCCCAAGCCCUGACCAUUAAACACCCCCACAGCCCUUGGGAGCAGGGCAAGGACCUGGAGGGCCCAGAGCAGGCCCAGGGGGUUGGCAGAGGAAUGGGAGGUGACCUGGAUCUGCUCAGCCCGUGGCACACAAGGAGCAGAGGGGUGGCAAUGCUGGCAGGAGUCAGCUGUGCCUCAGUAUGCCAAGGGGGCCCAGGGCUGGCAAGGGG